ACUAUCGUUUUUUCGUGGAACGAAAACAAAUAACCAAAACAACGGGGGAGCUAUUAAAAUAAUACGCAGCUUCAGAUAUCUGUAUUAUCCGAGGGCAGGGAUUAUUCCAAUCAUGAGUGAUAGUGGAAAAACGAAGGAGGAGAAGGAGAAACCAGCGGCAGCGAAUGCCUCGUCCAGUGACGAAGAAGAGGACGGGCAAGACGGCGCCACCAUGGAUAUGAUUCGUCGCUUUUUCUCUCACACCCUAAAUCUUGGAGGCUCCACAACAGACACAAAAGCAGGUCCCAAACUGGAGAAGGUAAUACCCGACCUGUCGUUUGAGGGCUUAGCUAACCAUUGGCGAGAACAUGGUUUCCGGAAUAUAGUGACUAUGGUGGGAGCUGGUAUUUCCACCUCCGCUGGCAUUCCGGAUUUUCGGUCACCAGGCUCUGGGCUAUACAGCAACCUGAAGAAGUACAAGUUGCCACACCCCACGGCCAUCUUCGAUCUGGACUAUUUUGAGGAGAACCCCACUCCGUUUUUUGCCCUGGCCAAGGAACUGUACCCAGGUUCGUUUAUACCCACGCCGGCUCACUACUUUGUCCGUUUGCUGCACGACAAGGGUCUGCUAAAACGUCACUAUACACAGAAUAUCGACACUUUGGACAGGCUGACGGGUCUGCCCGAUGAGAAGAUCAUAGAGGCGCAUGGCAGCUUCCACACUAACCAUUGCCUCAAGUGCCAAAAAGAGUACGACAUGGCCUGGAUGAAGGCGGAGAUCUUUGCAGAUCGCUUGCCCACUUGCAGAGAAAAGAAUUGCAAGGGCGUGGUCAAGCCGGAUAUUGUCUUCUUUGGCGAGAAUCUGCCGCCCAGGUUUUACACGUGUCCGGAUGAGGAUUUCAAGGAUUGUGAUCUUCUGAUUAUCAUGGGCACUUCCCUAGAGGUGCAUCCAUUUGCUUCGCUUGUCCAACGGCCGGGACCACGAUGCGUGCGGCUUCUGAUCAAUCGCGAUGCCGUGGGUCGGGCCAGCUUUGUGCCCUGGAUGGAUCCGCAUGAGCAAUCGCUGCUCUACAAUAAGCCCAACAACACGAGGGAUGUGGCCUUUCUGGGCGACUGCGAUGCUGGGGUCCUGGCUCUGGCCAAAGCUCUCGGCUGGGAGGAUGAGCUGGAGGAGCUAAUUACGAAUGAGAAGAAAAAACUGAACGCGAAGAAGGAGCAGCCGCAGGACAAAGAGAAACCGCAUUCGGACCCAGAUCAUGCGGCUUCCGGCAGUCAGGCAAGCAAGAAGGAUGCCUCGCUCUAGACUUCCCCCUCCUGGGAUUAGUUAGUACAAUUCGUAGUUAAUUUGUAGUUGAAGAGUGCAAUUUGUGUACAUGGCUAUAACGUGUAUAUAAAAAAAACCUGACAAUGGACAAUGGA